AUGGCCAGGGCCAGCAGCAGCGGUGGCGGCGGCGGCAGCGGCGGAGGCAGCUCAGCCCCACCAGAGCGGGCAGGGGGCUCGGACCGUCUGGACCCCUGGGAGCUGUCCCUGGAGGAGGUGCUGAAGUCUUAUGAACAGCCGAUUAACGAGGAGCAGGCAUGGGCCGUGUGUUACCAGUGCUGUCGCGGGCUGCUCGGAGCAGAGCCCGGAGGGGGCAGGAUCCGGGACACAGCCGACAUCCUCCUUCACAAGGAUGGGACGGUCAGCGCGCAGCUGGAACCUGGUUCAGCUGACUCCUCAACCAUGGUGGCACCACCAGCCAACACAGAAGCCCAGAUGGUCCAGUCACUGGGUUUCGCUAUAUAUCGAGCUCUGGACUGGGGGCUUGACGAGAGUGAAGAGCGGGAGCUUAGUCCCCAGUUAGAGCAGCUCAUCGAUCUAAUGGCCAACAGUGAUUCUGAAGACAGCAGCUGUGGAGCUGCUGACGAGGGUUACGGUGGGCAAGAGGAAGAAGAAGAGUCCAGUGAAGGCCCCCAGCGAUCUGUACGCACAUUUUCCCAAGUCAUGAAGCUGUGUUCUUCCCGCCUGACAGACUCCAGAGAGGCCCAACCUCACUAUCAGGCUGUGUGCCGGGCCCUUUUUGUGGAGACUGUUGAGCUGAUGGCCUUUCUCACCAAGAUCCGGGAGGCCAAGGAGAUGUUGCUCAAACUUCGGGAAGAUGAACCCCAGGCAGAGAAGCCACAAGCUGACCUUGACAACCUUCGGCACAAAGACUGGGCCAGGCUCUGGGUGCAGCUGAUGCGGGAGUUGCGUCACGGUGUGAAACUCAAGAAGGUCCAAGAGAAGCAGUUUAACCCCCUGCCCACGGAAUACCAGCUGACCCCCUUUGAGAUGUUGAUGCAGGAUAUCCGGGCUCGAAACUACAAACUACGAAAGGUCAUGGUUGACGGUGACAUCCCGCCUAGGGUGAAGAAAGAUGCCCAUGAACUCAUUCUGGACUUUAUCCGUUCCCGGCCCCCACUAAAGCAGGUGUCAGAAAGAAGACUGAGGCCCUUGCCCCAGAAGCAACGAACCCUCCAUGAGAAGAUCCUGGAGGAGAUUAAACAGGAGAGGAAGUUACGUCCUGUGCAGGGCCCACACUGGAACUCUAAAGGUUUUGGCUCCCUGCCCUGCAUCCUCAAUGCCUGCUCCAGCGAUGUGAAGUCUACCUCCUGCAUAAACCUGUCCCUCUCAGGUGCUGGGAGCACCUCUCAGCGCCCACCACGGCCACGGGUCCUGUUGAAAGCCCCCACCUUGGCAGAGAUGGAAGAGAUGAACAUUUCUGAGGAAGAAGAAUCUCCGAGUGGGGAGAUGAAGAGGACAAGCAGCUCCCUGUUGCCCCUUAAGCGGGAUCGCUCCUUCUCUGAACAUGACUUGGCCCAGCUCCAGAGCGAAAUGGCCGUGGGUCUCCAGCCGGAAUCUGGCCACCUGGGAGAGCAGGAGCUAGAAUCCCGACCCCGCUCAGGCAGCAUGCACACGUGGAAGACCAACACCACAGACCACGGCUCAUAUCCCCUUAACUACAAGGCCCUUAUGGAAUCCAGUUCCCCUGCCCACAGCUCCCUUGGCUCCGUAGAGGAAAGAUCAGAGAGUAGUUCAGCGUUGGACAGUCACUCUAAACACCUGUGGCUGGAAUUCAGCCAUCCAGUGGAGAGCCUAGCAUUGACUGUGGAGGAGGUGAUCAAUGUGCGCCGGGUGUUGGUAAAGGCUGAGAUGGAGAAGUUCUUGCAGAAUAAAGAACUUUAUAACAGCCUGAAGAAAGGGAAGAUCUGCUGCUGCUGUAGAACCAAGUUCCCCCUGUUUUCCUGGCCAUCUACCUGUCUCUUUUGUAAAAGAGCUGUCUGCACCUCCUGUAGCAUAAAGAUAAAGAUGCCUUCUAAGAAGUUUGCACACAUUCCCGUUUACACUUUGGGCUUUGAGAGCCCUCAAAAGGCUGUGACUGCCAAAGCCAUGCUGACUCGGAGGAGAGAUGUCUUCCAGUCCCUGCAGGGGACAAGAUGGCGCAGUGUAGAAGAAGAAUUUCCUCACAUCUAUGCCCAUGGCUGCAUCCUGAAGGAUGUCUGCAGUGACUGUACUAGCUUUGUAGUGGAUGUGGUCAGUUCCAGCCGGAAGAGUGUGGAUGUCCUCAACACCACACCCCGGAGGGGCCGCCAGACUCAGUCCCUCUAUAUCCCUAACACCAGGACUGCCUGGGACAAGUGAUGGACCUUCUGAGCUCCCUUUCACCCCCACAGCCCCACCUUACUCAGACUCUCCAUUCUGGUGACUAACAGGCCUGAGCUCCUCAAGCACUCCCUCCAGGCAUGAUGAUGCUGAUGAUGCUGAUGAUGAGAGGCAUGUCUUUCCAACACUGCCCUGCUUUAAUCAUCAAGCUUUUGAUGGUACUUUCUGAGGCCCAAGUCCAUCUCUUGGGUCAAACUGGAAUGGAGUCCAGUCAUAAGAAACCAUGCCCAUAGCCUUCCCCCUCAGCACAGCUCCCCCACUUAGCACCACCUCUUGGGUGAAUGAAUUGCCCUCUGAGUUGUGCAUGUACAUAUAUACAUAUAUAGAUACAUUUAUAUAAUAUAUUCAGUCUAUAUAUUUAUAUACAUUGUUUACUGGGACCUAAGAGUUCUUUUGGGGUCAGGGCUCACCCAGAGGCACUUGGGGUUCCCAGGUAUUUCUGUGGCGAGGCUGACUCUGGGACUCUUCUGAAGGUCCAUGAGAAAGGACCUCUGCUGUAGUGGGCAGAAAAUUUGGAGGAUAGAAGGAGAAAUGAAUUUUCUUGAGUUCAUAUUAGGAGGGGAAGAUAAAUCAGGGAUAAGAGCAGAAAUUGGACCAAGGAUUUCUGACUACAGCAACCUCAGUCAACUGGGUGGCUUUUGGCAAAGAUUUGACCCUUUGCUGUUUCCUUAUUCUCACCAUACGUAUGAAGUCAAAGAGGGGAGGAGAUGGUUCCUGUUCCCUAGAUGAAAGUCCUGGGUAAUAAAACUUCAUUUCCUUCUGUCCUGGGGUAGAUUAACCCUGUCUGCCUCUACUCAUUUUGGCUUAGACUUAGACUUUAAAGGAUAGAGGACCCUAGUGGAGUGAUGGCUUAGUUCCACCAGGAACUCAUAGCUCCAUUGAGAUUCCUUCCCUUGUGAAGCUAAAUGAGCAGUCCCUGGUCCCAGUAGUCUAGCAGGUCUUGACUUUUUCAGAGCUAUUUUUUGGGGUAGGGGUGGGGAGGUACACUGAGGUGUACACAAAGGAUUAAGGGCAGAGGGAAGAGUGGUUAAUAGUUGGUUCUAACACACCUUUCUUGUAUCUCAUCCACUUUCAUAAACAUCUCUCCUGCUCAGGAGGCUUCCAGAACUUCUCUCCCUGAUCAACUUCCCUUUAUCUGUUCUGCCUCUAGUAGGGAAGGAUGACAGGGCAGCCAAAAUGAAAAGAUCCUGGGAAGCUGGGACAUCCAAUCACCCACAGUGCUAAAAUUAAAUAGAAUAGUUCCUUUGUCUCCUCAUAUCUACACACUCAUGGCUCAAAAAAUAGAGCCUUAUUUAUCAUCACUAAUUUUGCUUCUUUCCCUUCCAUUCUGGCUCUUACACGUCUCACACCUUCCUCUCACCCAUCUGUCCCUUAUUGCCACCAAAAAUCUACCCUCCCUCUCCCCUCAUCCCUUUACUCUUCAGUGCCAUACAGCAGGAGGGAUGCACUGAUAGUCAUUUGGAUUCUGUCUGUCAGUCAUGGGGGGGGGGGCACAUAUAUAGCAGAAGCAGCAUAACUAGCCAGCUUCUUCUACAGGGAUCUGGGACAAGUCCUUCUGUGAACUAAUACCACAGUAGGAAAGAGUAGACAGCUUGGGAGGCCUAACUCAGUGGUGCACCUGCUGGAGAAGGCGUGGGAUGGAUUUGUUGGCUGUGGCUGCCUUACCUCUUAGCCUCUUCCCUUUCAAUCUGGCCAGCUGGUUCUCCAGAAGAGCUGCAGUGUGCUCCAAGGUCAUGCUGUCUUCCAGGCAUCCAGUGCCUCUAUCUUUUUGACAAAGAAAUGGGUAUCCACCCUCAAUCCAAGUUAGAUGGCUUCUGUUAAUUUCCAGCCAAGAAUACAGAAUUUGGUCAGUGUAGCCCCGAAGAUUUAGUUGGAUGCUUGUGUCUCCAUAUUUAGCCCCAUAGUUCAGCCCCAAUGAGGGAAAAUUCUCGAGAGCUUCCCAGGGAAGCAUUUCUAGGGCCAAUCCCAGACCUUGGGAUUUAUCAGGAGAAACUGAACUGAGGUGCUAAUGCUCCACUAUUGCACCUGAAGAGUCUGCAUUUUAAAUCAAGGGGCACUUCCAUUUCUCCUUCCUCAGGCCAUCACCUACCUGUCUAUCCAAAGUACCCCUCCUGCCUCCUCUCCCCCUUCCCCCUGGCCCUCCACUGUGUAAAAGUCACACAUGAACAUCAGCAUCUAUGCAGUGCCCAGUGUGGUGAGGGUGCCAGACUCCAGCAGGAUCUUCAGUCACAGGUCAGUGCAAAAGGAAUGUACAGUAAAGACUGAUCUGUUCCCUUGGGAUCCUCCCCUCUGUACAUAUGACUGUUCCCAGUGUAAUAAAGUUUUAUUUGGCUCAAGCCA